AUUUCAGGUGCAUCCAAACAACGGACCGGAGCAGGGAUUACCAACGAACUUACCCAUUACUUGAGGGCGCGUAAAUUGACCAGAAAAAAUGUGUCCCAACUCUGGGCGGGCACGCUCCGGGUCACGGAUUACGAUUGAUGAGGUGUGGAUGGUUGGUCGAUCGCUCAAGGCGAGAGGUUAAACAGAUCUUUACGCAUUUGCUUGAAGGUCAAGUAGGCUAGGGAUAAGUCAUGCUUACCAAGUAGCCUGGGUAAUUCCGACAUUGAAGUCUCUUCAUUUACUCAACAAACAACCAGAAAAAAACGCGACCAAAUCGAAGCCUUAUCGUCGUUAAUCGUGUUUCGUGCUGCUCAAUCGCAACGAUUAGGGAAAAUUCCUUUCCUCAAGAGAAAUUCCUUCCACCGGCAUGGAAUGUACAAGCGAUUGUGUGUGAUGGCACAAACAAAUUCCGCCUUCGGAGUGACACAGCGCGUACAAGAGCGCGAUGAGCGUAGCAAAAAUAUACAAAAAAAAAGUUCGAUCCAAUUUUACCUUCAAAUAAAUCGCCACACACGAAAUCGAAGCACCACGAAACCACCCAAAGUACAUACAAGCACACACACACACACGCGCGGAGUUGGCCACUGCACCUUGGCAGCUUCGUGUUUUUUCUCGAACUGAAGACAUUCCGCAGUAUUUCAAGGUGUAGCGGCCGAUGGUGUUGUGAGCAAGCUUCUUAAGCAAUUUUUCUUACGAUUCCGAAACCCAACUCGCCGUAACAUCGUUUAAAUAAGUGAAAUGGAUACAUCUUUAUCGUAUUGCCCGUUGGAUGGGCUUCCAAUUGAGAUUGUAGAGAUGAUAUUCGACCGUCUGGAUCUAGAAUCGCUUAAAUCGCUGUCUCUCACAUGCCAUCGAUGGGAGCGUCUCUUUUUCCAGUACUGCUCGCGCCGGUUUGUGCUGCGCAUCGAUGAAAAGAUAACCCUAGACGUGGACGUGGCUUUUAUGAAUUACGAAGAUCGGCGAAUGGAGAAAUUUUUGCUUUGCGAAGAGAAAAUGAAAGAAGCGGUCAUAAUGCUGGAGCAAACGCAACGUGUCUACCGUACGGUUCAUAUCGACUUCCACCUGGAGCUAGCCACGGUCAUCUACAAGUUAAAAAUUCUGAACAGAUUGUUCAAACCGCACCUGCUACAGCAGCUGACCGUGCUGAAGCUUGACAUGGGCAAUGAUCCGGUGAUGCAUGCUAGCGAUAUAUCGCGUGCGGUGCAAAAGAUGGAACAUCUCCAAGAGCUGUACCUAGCGUUCAACGUACAAACACCAUGCACUACGGAAUGCUACACGAUGCACCUGGUAAACCCUACGCUGCAAAAGCUGGUGAUCAAAGGCAUUACGCCGUACGUGGUUGAUUGCGCCAACUUGUGGAAGCUGGAUGUUGCGGAAUCGCUGCACGUGGAGAGCAUCAUCGGUGGAAAGUUGCAGCGAGGUGUGGAUUUUACUGGGCAUGAAUGCUACUGGAAGAUCGAUCAGCUGACCGAACUGUCAAUAGUGAACGAUUUGAAGUUCAAUUUGACAACACGCUCCUCCAUCUUGCGAUUCUACCGGCAGCUGUCCAAUGUGACAAGGCUAUAUCUUUACGGGCACACCUUAACGCAGGAGACGCUGCAAGUUAUCUGCGAGUCGUGCGUUCAGCUCGAAGAGUUCACCAUAGGCAACUUGCAGAUGGAUGAUCCAAACGCAUUGCGUUACCUGUCCAACCUGCCCAACCUGAGACAGUUUGGCAUAUGGAAGAUCCUCAUCGGUAACCCACUAUCGUUCGCGUCCGUUAAGCUGCCCAAGCUGGAGAAGCUUCUGCUCGGUUGUAUGUUCAUCGAUUGGCCAUCGCUCGCCUCCGUACGAUCGAUCAGCAGGCUGAAGAUCAAACCGGGACCGAUUAUAGAUGCGCCCAUCUGUCGCGCACUCAGUGGCACUUUAGCCCACCUGCGCUUCCUGUGGAUCGAUGUGCAUACCACCCGCAUAGCGCGAGAACUUCUGGCCCAGCUGCCGAAGAUGCAUUGGCUGGAGACGCUCGUGCUGGAGAACAUUGUUCACCUACGCACCCUCAAAACGUUACCAGCUCUGCCCCAGCUAAAGCGGCUUAUUAUUUAUCGCUGCCAUAAGAAGGUGUACGAGCGGUACUACAACAACGAGACGCUUGCGAAACUAGUGCGCGACAUUCGGUGGAUUAGAGCGGGUCAGAAAAUUGUGGAAGAGCGUGGAAUUAAAGACAGCUUUGAAUGUUAGAUGGCGGGAUCGCGUCGUCUGGGUUACGGUGGUUACGUGAAAUACUGAGGUCACGCUAGACACUUAUUUCUUAAUGAAAAAUCAUGUGAAUUUGAAAUAGAAAGAUUUGUUGAACUACGAAAAAUAUAGCAAUUUUGAAUGUAAUGUUAACACUUUGACCUA